GUGCUCUUAACACUCUCAAUAAGACAUAUUCAGGGAUUUUGAGCACUUGACAAAGAACUGCAAUUAUAUGAUUGCACUUGUAUGUAUAGUACUUAUGCAUAGGUAGAUAUGUGGGUGCAGACCUGCCCAUUGAGUAUUGAUUGAUUUUCGCUCACUUGUUUAGUACAUUUUGGAUACUUAGGAUUUAAAAGAUUUUUCUUAUUAGAUCUUGAUUUUCAUUAGCAUUGAUAGUAAUCCAUGAUUGAAUUACAAUGAAGUGUUAAUGAGUAAUAAGGAUUUUCUGCUACUUUAGUCGUUGUAUAAUGAAUUCGAGGGAGAAUCAAAUGAAUCUGUAUCGCGUUUCGGCGCAUGGAUUGGGGUGGUGUUCGUCGUGUGGGGCGAUUCCAUUUCCCAUGACGAAUUUGAGGUCAUGGGACAGACCGGAGUAUUGUAUAAGAUCGUGGCAGCCUGUAAGGGUUCCUGCUCAUAUACACUGGAUACCAACAAUUUACGGAACAAACGAAGAACCAUUCAAUAGGAUGGAUCCACCAUGUCCACAAAAUGGGAAGAUUUAUGAUGGGGCAAACGCUCCCUUCAAUGUUAAACAAGAGACAAAGACUGAUAAUGAUCCUGCUAUUGAGAAUCCAGGGGCCUCGCACAACAAUGGUAGGCAGCAAAUCGACGAUAUUGAAAGAGAAGAUUUUGAUGAAGAGAAUAGAAUCCUGAAACAUUGUUCUGGAAUGAUCGUCGAUGGUGAAAUCGAGGCACCUUCACAUUAUUCUGGAAAUCUCUCCAGUGCUAACUCCAGUUUAGCAUCCAGUUCGGAGACUAUUUCUAAUUUUUCCAAUUUAAUACCUCAUGACUAUAGUCUCCCUGGUUGUAGCAAAGAUGGGGAUGAUUCCAAUACUACUAUUAAGAACAUGAUUCAUUCAAAAAAAUAUGUAGUGCAUGAGCAAAAAGAGGAUUUCAUGCAGAAGCUGUUGAAUAAUAAUAUACAAGAAAAGAAAGAUUUUCCUAAGGGAAAACUUUAUAAAGGAGAUAAUUUGGAUUGCGAUAAUGAUGAAGGUUGUGAUAUAGAUGGUGUGAGCGGGCCUUCAGGGAGGACCAGUUCAAACGCGUCGAGUAUAGGAAGCUCUAGUUCAGAUAGCACCAAGGGGUUCAGUGUGCCGUCCACGUCCAAUGCUGAGAAGCUGCUCGGUCUUGACGACAGCAGCAAGAAUGAGCCGGGGAGUUCAAAGUCUCCGAACUACAACUACUGCGAUGGCGAGGAAGAUUCGGACGAGGAGGCCGCAGAAGACACGUGGUGUACGUGCCUGUCCUCCCAUGAGGAUGACGACGAGGAUGAUGAACCAGAAGCUGAACCGGAAAGACUUUGGAGGAAGCGCCGUCAUGAUCCGCACCCACCGCAGACUGUUAAGAAAUUCUGCGGAGAGUCUCCGUCACCAACAUCCUUUGGAUCUGAAGGCUGGCCAACUCCCACCAGCGUCAUAGUACCCAACACUAGUGUCAUCGCCGCGCAAGCACCGCCGGAGAUCAAGUCUUGGCUUAACAGGUUCAGUAACUGGACCAACGUGGAGAAGAUCCAGGCUAUUGAUGAGCUCAUAGGCUGCUGUGCCCCGAGCCAAGUCCGGCACAUGAUGAAGUCCAUUGAACCACUUUUCCAACGAGACUUUAUAUCCCUUCUGCCUAAGGAGCUCGCUCUCACUGUGCUCGGGUAUUUGCAACCCAAGGAUCUGCUGAGAGCUGCUCAAACUUGUCGCUACUGGAAAUUCCUCGCGGAAGACAACCUCUUGUGGAAGGAGCAAUGUCGGCGCAUUGGUAUCACCACCUUGAAGAAGGUGCCUCGUUCCCUGCCCCGCUGCGCCAGUCCUUGGAAGGCAGCAUACAUGCGGCAGUAUCUGAUUGAGAGCAACUGGCUGCAUAAGCCUGUAGCCACGCCUAUUAUCAUGAGGGGACAUGAUGACCACGUGAUCACCUGCCUACAGUUCUAUGGCAAUCGCAUCCUCAGUGGAAGUGACGAUACCACACUAAAAGUGUGGUCGGCCGUCACCGGCAAGUGUUUGCGCACGCUGGUGGGUCACUCCGGCGGCGUAUGGUCCUCCCAGAUGGUGAAUGACCUGGUGAUCAGUGGCUCUACUGACCGAACUCUUCGUGUAUGGAACGCUAAGACUGGACAAUGCCUGAAGGUCCUCGCAGGGCACACUUCGACCGUGCGUUGCAUGCACCUGCAUCAAAACAGAGUGGUAUCUGGAUCCCGCGACGCUACUCUUCGGUUGUGGUCCAUACCUGAUGGCCGUUGUCUCCGUGUUCUCAUCGGUCACUUGGCUGCCGUGCGAUGCGUGCAGUUUGAUGGGAAACUCAUCGUGUCUGGAGCGUACGACUAUUUCGUGAAAGUGUGGAACCCUGAAACCGGUGACUGCUUGCAUACCCUCGCCGGACACACCAACAGGGUGUAUAGCCUGCAGUUUGAUGGCGUUCAUGUGGUGAGCGGCUCUUUGGAUACUUCUAUCCGGGUGUGGGAUGUAGAAACUGGACAACUCAAGCAUACCCUGACUGGCCACCAGUCUCUGACGUCGGGUAUGGAACUGCAUUCCAAUAUCCUGGUGUCUGGUAAUGCCGACUCCACUGUCAAGGUCUGGGAUAUAACCACGGGGCACUGCCUUCACACCUUGUCCGGUCCCAACAAGCACCAGUCAGCGGUCACCUGCCUUCAGUCGAGCAACCGGUUCGUUAUCACCUCUUCGGAUGAUGGCACUGUCAAGUUAUGGGAUGUCCACACGGGAGAGUUUAUCCGAAAUCUGGUGGUAUUAGGUUCCGGUGGUUCGGGUGGUGUUGUUUGGCGUAUUCGUGCUUCUGCUACCAAACUUAUCUGUGCCGUCGGUUCGCGCAAUGGCACAGAGGAAACCAAGCUACUCGUUCUUGACUUCGAUGUGCCUGGGGCUUGCCGUAAGUGCGACGAAUAGCAACGACUGAACCGACGCCUCUUGCGUCGCUACGCAAACCUCUACGCGCCUUGGCACUGUUAAAGUGCAUCUUAGUGUCUGUGUCGGUCCUUAACGUGGCUGCUUGCGUCCUAUAGUUUGUCCCUUUUUUAUAAUCCCAUCUGGAUUUGUUGGAAGGAUAAGUGUGAAUCUUGCGUAUGGUCCUGUGAUGCUGUAUAAGUCAUAGAGCCCAUUUGGACGUGAUAUGUAGCAUAGUGUUAUAACUUAUACAGCAUGACAACGGCCUUAGUAUUUAACACAAACUGACGCUAUAACAGCAGCAUAAUAUAAAUCCCCACCAGGCCAUGACGGUAACGGACAAAUACUUAUUCGACCUGGAGAAUGGUAUAUUUUAAUCUAGUAGUUUAUGACGCGGCUCACCCAUAGCAGCCAAAAGCAUCACAUUAUGUAAGAUUAAAUCGAUUUUUUCGGGUCACAAGUCCUUUACCGUCUUAUAGUGUUGUAAAGCAUGAUUCGACAGAGAUUGAUAAUAAACUUUAGCUCUUUAAUUGAUAUUCCAUGACACCGACAUACGUCACUUGCCAUUAUAGGUCUAUGGAUGUCAAACGAAAGAAAUAAAGUCUGCAAUUUAGGAGUGUAAGCACUUUAGAAUCUCAUACUGAAGACCGCGUAUUAGAUGUCAUCGGUACACAGUGGUGCAUAUCAUAAAAUUAGUGUAACCGAUGAUAGCGUUCUGUCGAAUGAUGCGUUGCGACGCGCGACGGCCGACCAACACAGCGAUGACGAGAGAGGCGAGGUUCAGUCGGCUGCUAUCACUCGGUGCUGCAGAGUCAGCAUGAAGGUCGUACGAGGAGACGCGGGAGAGUGAAAGUGUACCGUCGACGUGGCAAGGGGAUCAGUUGUACCCACCGGACUGUUUUUGCGCAACGUGCAAAUGGACUUAUUUUACUUACUAUAGUCUUGCGUAACUCAGGUAUCCACGAUGUACUCAUAUGAUAAAUAAUCAAUUCAAUACCAUUACUAUAGUUCUAGUUGUUAAAAUGUUCAGUAGAUAAAAAUGGUGGCUAAACAACCAUGUCGCAUUGCCAAAUUCCUUUAUUUUUUACUCUGUGUUCCAAAGAGAUGAAAAUCGGAAUUAGAUGUUAAGUCUAUUUUUUUAUUUUAAUUUUUAAGAUGCUUCUCCGUGAUGUGUAAAACUCGGCACAGUAUAUUUUUUUUUAUUGUUAUUUUAAUCAUUUGACUCCUUAACUGUUUAAUUUCAGUUAAGAUAAUUAAAUUAUGUAUGAUUAUUUUAUUUUAUUUUAUUGAUAUUUGCAAUAAUGGUUAAAUGUAGGAUACAUUUAUUUUAUUUUUCUUUGUCUUUGGGCACCUGUUUCCCAAAAUUCAUGUUAAUUUUAUUUAUAAUAACUAGCGUGACACAUCCCACGUGAAUAUACUUAAAAAAGAUUUGCUAGGCUCAAGUCACAGAUUGACGGUCCCUCAUGACCAGCGUGCGCGGUCACUGGCACUGACAUUACUGGCAUCGAAACUAGUAGAGCUAUUCUCAGUAUAUUCACGUGAGAGUCCGUAAUUUUUAGUUAAUUUUAUUGAUAAUUGACU